AUGUUGGGCAUCACAGCCCUUGUCACGUUCCUGGCCUGCGCCUCAAGCUGUGGGGUCCCCAGCGUCCUGCCCAACCUGUCAGCCCGAGUGGUGGGCCAAGACAAUGCCAAGCCCCACAGCUGGCCUUGGCAGAUCUCCCUCCAGUACCUCAAUGAUGACAAAUGGAAGCUCACAUGUGGCGGAACCUUGAUCACCAACAGCUUCGUCCUCACUGCUGCCCACUGCAUCAGCAACACUCGGACCUACCGUGUGGCCCUGGGGAAGAAGAACCUGGUGGAAGAUGAGGAAGGCUCCCUGCUCAUGGGUGUGGACACCAUCUAUGUCCACGAGAAGUGGAACUCCUUGCUGGUGCGCAAUGACGUUGCACUCAUCAAGCUUGCGGAGCCUGUGGAGCUGAGUGACACCAUCCAGGUGGCCUGCCUGCCGGAGGAGGGCUCCUUGCUGCCUCAGAACUACCCCCGCUAUGUCACUGGCUGGGGCCUCCUCUGGACCAAUGGCCAUGCUGAUGAGUUGCAGCAGGGCCUGAAGCCUGUGGUGGAUCAUGCCACAUGCACCAAGAGUGACUGGUGGGGCUUCAUGGUGACGGACAAGAUGGUGCGUGCCGGGGGUGAUGGUGUCACCUCAGCCUGCAAUGGGGACUCGGGCGGCCCUCUGAACUGCCAGGCCGAGGACGGCUCCUGGGAGGUGCAUGGCAUCGUCAGCUUUGGCUCCAGCCUGGGCUGCAACACCUUCAAGAAGCCCACAGUCUUCACCCGCGUGUCCACCUACAUCGACUGGAUCAAGAAGAAAAUGAAGCUGUGA